AAUGAAAUAAGACUCUGCUUAGAGGUAUUUUACGCCCUGUAUGAAAUGUUAUGUUAAACACUUUCACUUUCAAGAUUAUAACGCUCCUGGCUGGACAAAGACUUAAAGUUGGUGAAGUCCACUUUUAAAGGGGUACAGACACCAAGAAGGCUGCGCAGACACAAUGAUGGAGCAGUUUUGGAUCAUUUUUUCUAGAAUGAUUUUACCACUGGGUGUCACGCUUCUCCAGUUCCGUCGGCGAACUGGUGAUUGGAUGAAACAGCGGCGUCACCCUCUACGUGCCUCGGUGACGCCCCAAACUUUCCCAGCAUGCAACGGGUGAUGUCUGAGGAAAGAUGGCGGAAGGAGGAGCGGCUGAUCUGGAUACCCAGAGAGGAGAGGUCGCGGCACUGCUGAAAACACAGCUGAGAAAGGGAGACACUUGGUACCUUGUGGACAGUCAUUGGUUCAAACAGUGGAAGAAAUAUGUGGGAUAUGACAGCUGGGACAAAUACCAGAUGGGUGACCAGAAUGUCUACCCAGGACCAGUGGAUAACUCUGGUCUCCUCAGAGAUGGGGAUGUGCUGGCCAUCAAGGAGCACCUCAUCGACGAGCUCGACUACAUCUUGGUCCCGACGGAGGGCUGGAAUAAGUUAGUCAGCUGGUAUGGGUUGAAGGAGGGUCAGGAGCCAAUUGCACGCAAGGUGGUGGAACAGGGUAUGUUUGUGAAGCACUGCAAGGUGGAGGUGUACCUGACGGAGCUGAAGCUCUGUGAAGACAGCAACAUGGACAAUGUGAUCACCAGACGCUUCAGCAAAGCCGACACAAUAGAUAUGAUAGAAAAGGAGAUGAGGAAGCUGUUCAGCAUUCCUGAUGAGAAGGAGACCAGAUUGUGGAACAGGUACAUGAGCAACACCUUUGAGCCUCUCAACAAGCCUGACAGCACCAUUCAAGACGCCGGCCUCUACCAAGGACAGGUUCUCGUAAUAGAGCAGAAGAAUGAGGAUGGCACAUGGCCUCGAGGCUCCACGGCACCCAAGUCAUCUGGUGCUUCCAAUCUCUCUGCUUUGCCAAAGAUCUCGCCUUCAUCUCUCACAAACAAUCAUAACAGCAGCUUCAACAGCAGGAAUGUGAAGAACUCGAGCUAUAGUUUGCCAUCUUACAAUGCCUACAACAGCUAUGACUACUCAGACCAGAGCAGGCAGAGUGAGCGCUCGGGCCUCUGUGGACUCUCCAACCUAGGCAACACCUGCUUCAUGAACUCUGCAGUGCAGUGUUUAAGCAAUAUCCCUCCACUGACGGAGUACUUCCUCAAAGACAAGUACACGGAUGAGCUGAACGUGGACAACCCGCUAGGCAUGAAGGGGGAGAUCGCCAGAGCCUACGCCGAGCUUAUCAAGCAGCUGUGGACGGGCAAAUACAGCUACGUCACCCCAAGGCCUUUCAAGACCCAGGUGGGCCGCUUCGCCCCGCAGUUCUCGGGCUACCAACAGCAGGACUCUCACGAGCUGCUAGCCUUUCUCCUGGACGGCCUUCAUGAGGACCUCAACCGCAUCAGGAAGAAGCCCUACAUCCAGCUGAAAGACGCCAACGGCAGGCCUGAUAAGGUGGUGGCAGAGGAGGCGUGGGAGAACCACAUCAAGAGAAACGACUCCAUCAUCGUGGACAUCUUCCACGGCCUUUUCAAGUCCACCCUAGUGUGUCCUGUGUGCUCCAAGGUCUCUGUGACCUUUGACCCUUUCUGCUACUUGACCCUGCCCCUGCCCAUGAAGAAGGAGCGCACGCUGGAGGUCUUCCUGGUCCGACUGGACCCUCUGGCCAAACCUACGCAGUACAAGCUGACCGUGCCGAAGGUGGGCUACAUCUCUGACCUGUGUACCUCGCUCUCUAACCUGUCAGGGGUGCCUGCUGAGAAGAUGAUUGUAACCGACAUCUACAACCACCGUUUCCACCGGAUCUUCGCCACCAACGAGAACCUCAGCAGCAUCAUGGAGAGAGAUGAUAUCUAUGUAUUUGAGCUGGCGGUGAACAGGGUGGAGGAUACGGACCACGUAGUGAUCCCGGUGCACCUGAGGGAAAAGUACAAGCAGUCGGGCUACAACCACACCAGCACGCCGCUCUUCGGACAGCCCUUCCUCAUCGCCGUCCCCAGAACCCUCAGUGAAGACAAACUCUACAACAUGCUGCUGCUGCGCCUCUGCCGGUUCGUUAGAUCUUCAGUAGAGGAGGAAGAAGAGGAUUGUGAAGAGACGCAGCCAACAAAACAACACACUGUCAAUGGUAACGCCACUAAUGGACUGCUGGAGGAGGGGUCGCCAAUCAAUAAAGUGCUUAAAAAUCUCGUCCGUCCUCCCUCAGGCGAGAUGGAGACCGACGAGCAGGACGACGAGUCCAGUCAGGAUCAGGAGCUGCCCUCCGAGAACGACAACAGCCAGUCAGAGGACUCCGUGGGCGGGGACAACGAGCUGGAGAACGGCGUGGUCGGCCCUCAGAACUCCACCAAAGGGCAGCAGACGGCAGGGCACAACAAAAAGAGACUUUUUACAUUCCAGUUCAAUAACAUGGGGAAAACUGACUUCUCGCUCAUCAAGGAGGACACCAGGCAGAUCCGCUUCGAUGAGGGACACCUUCGGCUCAGUGACCGUUCUUAUCUCUCCUUGGACUGGGAACCAGAGAUCAAGAAGAAGUACUUCGAUGAGACCGUCAUCGAGGACUUUGACAAGCACGAGAGCAUGGAGUACAAGCCCCAGAAGAAGGCCUUCUUUAAGCUGAAGGACUGCAUCGAGCUGUUCACCACCAAGGAGAAACUGGGAGCCGAGGACCCAUGGUACUGUCCGAACUGCAAGCAGCACCAACAGGCCACUAAGAAGCUGGACCUGUGGUCUCUGCCGCCGGUGCUGGUGGUCCAUCUGAAACGCUUCUCAUACAGUCGUUAUAUGAGGGAUAAACUGGACUCGCUUGUUGAUUUCCCACUCAGAGAUCUGGAUAUGUCUGAGUUCCUCAUCAACCCCAACGCUGGGCCCUGUCGCUAUGAUCUCAUCGCUGUGUCCAACCACUACGGAGGGAUGGGUGGAGGCCACUAUACCGCGUACGCCAAGAACAAAGACGAUGGAAAGUGGUACAACUAUGACGACAGCAGCGUGUCUCCUGCCAACGAAGAUCAGAUAGUGUCCAAAGCUGGCUAUGUGCUGUUCUACCAGCGGCAGGACACGGUGAAAGGCACCGGCUACUUCGCUCUGGACCGCGAGGAAGAGGAGGAGGACGAGGAGGAGGAGGAAGGAGAGGAGAACGAGAACGAGAAUGAAAACGAAGGCGAGGGGAGACAGGAGAGAAAGACCGCCUCCUCUUCUCAGGGUGCCGCCCCUGCCUCCGCCGCCUCUGCCGCCUCCGCCCUGAGCGACGAGGAGGACCUGAACGAGAACCGGCGCAGGAAGAACGACAACGAGCAGGAAGACGAAGAGGAGGAAGAGGAGGAGGAAGAGGAGGAGGAGCAGGUGCCCAAUCGAGACGUCGCCAUGAAAACCAACUGAGGCGUGCGAGGACAGGAAUAAAUGGAGAGAGAGAGACUAGGAUCUUUCCAUCCAAAGCCAUAUGGACACACAGCAUGGCAGCGGGCGCCAACGGUCCCACCCAGCGGCUCGGACUCGGCUCGCACGACAGGCAGAGCCACUGCGGGGAUGACAGGGAGCUGCCGGGGUACGCCAGAUAUCAGGGCCCUCCUCUGUGGUUGGAUCACUGUGUGUGUGUGUGUGUGUGUGAGUGUGUGUGUGUCAAGUGUGUGAGUGUGUCGCCACGUCCAUUCGUUAAGAUUUGCUCACCUGCUCUCUGAAAAGACUCACAUCAGGGCUGAUUUGGAGGCUUCACAGUGCUGUGGUGUGGCGCUCUGACUCGCCCUCCUGCUUUUUUGUGUUCCUUUUGUUUUUUUAUAUAUAUAUAUAUAUUUUUGAGAGCAUCGUCGGCAUAUCAUUUUACUAUCAUUUAGACCUUGUAAAUAUUUUAAACACUGAAUUACAUUGGGUUUUCAUGAUGCGCUGAAACAUUUUUGAACUUGCACAAUCACCAACCAUCCAUCUUUUUUGUUUGUGUGUGUGUACUAUUGCUAGACAUACUGCAAUUGUGUAACAACUUUCUCAGAGAGUUUACUUCUCCCAUAAAAAGUUUAGGAAGCUGCCUUUAGUAAGCCAGCGGCGGGAUGCGUCUACUGUCUAGACUCGGCGUAGAUACGUGACGCUCGUAGUUGUGUGGUUUUACAAAGUGUCAAACAGCCAAACUGUCCCAGCUUCGUGCUGCUGCUCCUGCCGCUGCUGUGAUCUCGCAUUUUUAGACAGAUUAUUAGCAUACUGGCAUGAACUUUAGAGAUUUAAGGUCCUUGCUUUCCGCCGUCUCGCUCUCUCUGAUCUCCUCCAAAAUAAAGCGGGAUUGAACAGUCAUCCUGCUAACUUUGCAAAAAAAAAAAAACAGACUCAAAAACUCUGCGUGUUUUAUCUGCAAAAACAUGAAAUCGGCGUAAGAUGUAUCAGGAGCUCCAGAAGCACUCUGUCUUAACUCCGUUCCCUGAUAUCUGUUUAAAAGUUAGCUGGCAGGCUCAAAGAUCCCACCACCCCACCCCCCACCGACCCGUUAUUCAUAGGUGGUGUUUAAAGCUUUACCACGGCUCUCUGCGCUCUCUCUCCUCAUAUCAGAGGCACUGUGAGAUUAGAAGAACAUCGGUGAUUUCGCUGACAUCAGAUGGCUCGUCUCUUGUUUGCGUCACCUCGGCCUUAACUCUCAAUCUCAGACCAGUCGCCUUUUCUUUGCACAUCACUCAAUCAGCGCCGCCUUUCUCUCGCACGGCCCCCUUCACACACCUACACUCACGUGCGAAUGUCCAUACGAUUUGUUGGUUUGUCUGCUUUUUUUUUUUUUUUUUUAAUCCACAAGAGGGCCUGAAUGUAUGCUGAAUGGAAUGAACACUGACCAGAUGUAUGUGGUUGAUGCCUUUUUGAUUCUCUAUAGGGCCAGAUGUGUGUGUGUUUUUUUUUGUUUUUUUUCCCCCUCCUCAUUUUUUUUUUUGUUUCACAGCUCCCUUUUUUGUUUCUGGUUUGGUUGAAUGCGAUGGUAAUGGGUUCUUAGCCUUUGAUAUUAGCUGUAUGAAAUCAUGGGUACUGCUGAAUGCGUCCCUUUCCACAUGGCGGGGGGGUGGAUAAAAGCAUCUUUGUGGUCCUGAGAAUGAAAGGGGGAGGGAGGGGAGGGGCGGUGGGGACAAAAAAAAAAAACAAAAAAAAAUCUAUGGGGUGAGUCAGCCUAAAAGGCCUUUCAGCUUUUGGGAUCAUGAUACAGUGAAAAUAUUGUGUGGCAGAUUGUUGCAGGAUAUUCCUCCAUCGACGUAAAAACUAUUCUCCAUGGUGGAGUGUUAAUGUUUUUCUUUUUCUACCUGUUCUUUCCACUGUAAAAACAGCAUCAGCGCACCUGUUGUCGCCUCAGAAUAUUAGACGUGUACCAUGCCUUUCUAUGAGCAUCUCUGUGCUUUGACUUCAGUGGGCUUCACCGCCUUCGCCGCUGCCUUGCUUUUCGGGCGACUCACCCCAUCCUGAAUGAGAUGUGAUUGCUACUAUAGGCUUAUACAAUAUUGUACAUAAGAGUUCACUCUGUGAGUGCACAUUUGAUAAAGUUUAUUUAUUUAUAUGUAAGCAUUUAAUAAUAAACAGACAAUAUAUUUAAAACCUUGGCAAGACCUGAAAUGUCGCUGGGAGGGAAGGGAGGGAGGGAGGGGGAGGGCUGUGGAUGAGUCCACACAUAAACACUAGUUUGCAAAGUCUUGCCUGUGCUCUCGUCAGGGAGGGAAUAUUUUUAAAGAAAGGAUGCUUCUGUUGUUUUGGGACUUUUUUUGUAAAGAAAAAAAAUAAUUCUAAUCCAGACAUCCUUGCAUGACGACAUUAUGGGGGUUUCCAGGUUUGGCUGCACUUGAGUUCACUUGGGUUUACAUUUGAAUUGUGCAUGUGUAUUUAUACACAAUCUUCAAUAAAGUUGUGUAAAGCUUCC